AUGUCCCUUGUAAAAGCAGCUAGAAAAUACAGCUGGAUCAAAAAUAUUUUGAUCCAUGACUUGAUUCGCGCUCUCGAGAAUAUCAACAAGAAGAGUGUAGAUGAUCUUGUGGCGAUCAGCAAACUUCAGAAAUACCUUAAAGGCGAUUGGAAGACUCAUCGUAUGAGGGGAACCCCUCCGAACACAACCACAAGCCAGGGAUAUUGCCAGGGAUUCAACAUUUUCCACUUCUUGCGGGAGUUGUGGAGUCCUAAGGUCACCCUUGUUUUGAACACUAAUAACUGGCGCGCAGUCAACAAUACAUGCUUUGGGGCAUGUACAUCGCAGCAAGGCAUGCAAAUCUCAUAUGUGUUCAUUGAUGGUCGACAAGCUAAGGAGGGCCUGCCAGCGAUGCCCUGGUCCAAUCAGGACAAUGACCUUGGCAUUGGCAUUUGGAAUUUCAACACAUUCUCUGAGCCGGAGAUCAUCGAAGCACAAUGCCUCUGUGGGCUGUUUGCCCUUGCAGAGAUCUCCUUGCCCGACGAUCAUAGGGGAUGGGUAACCAUAUCACUAAACCAUUUGACACAAGAACCCGAGGUCAAUAACUCGGAUGAUGAAUUAUGA